AUGAUGGCCCAGUCCAAGGCCAAUGGCUCGCACUACGCGCUGACGGCCAUCGGCCUGGGGAUGCUGGUCCUGGGCGUCAUCAUGGCCAUGUGGAACCUGGUGCCCGGCUUCAGCUCCGGCGAGAAGCCCCCCGCGCAGGGCAGCAACAAGACGGAAGUGGGCAGCGGCAUCCUCAAGAGCAAGACGUUCUCGGUGGCCUACGUGCUGGUGGGGGCCGGCGUGAUGCUGCUGCUGCUCUCCAUCUGCCUGAGCAUCCGGGACAAGCGGAAGCAGCGGCAGGGCGAGGAGAUGGCGCACAUCCAGCACCUGCCGGGGCCCGAGACGCACGCCCCCGAGGAGGACAGCCAGGAGGAGGAGGAGGAGGCCUCGUCCAGGUACUACGUCCCCAGCUACGAGGAAGUGAUGAACACCAACUUCCCCGGAGCCCGGGAGCCGGACCACAGCCCGCGGAUGAGCAUCUCUCUCCCCUCCUACGAGUCCCUGACGGGGCUGGACGAGACGAGCCCCACGACCCCCCGGGCCGACGCCGAGGGGCACCCCCCCGACAGGCAGAACUCCAAGCUGGCCAAGCGCCUGAAGCCGCUGAAAGUGCGAAGGAUUAAGUCCGAGAAGCUCCACCUCAAAGACUUCAGGAUCAACCUCCCGGACAAAAACGCCCCUCCACCCUCCAUCGAGCCUCUGACGCCCCCGCCGCAGUACGACGAGGUCCAGGAGAAGGCCCCCAACACCCGGCCCCCCGACUGA